GUAACGUGAACUAGUUGGAAACAUCAGUGAGGGGAAAGGUAACGUUAGACCAGCGAGAGAUAACGAGCUGAGGCGGGUUUGCGACGCGUGUGUGUUUUGAUACACAACAAAGCGAGCACGGAGUAAUCUAUAAAGCUCAAAUACUAGUCUCGCCGAUGUCGUUUUAUUCUUUUAGACCGGAUUUAAGAGUUCGGGAUGAAGCUAGUGCUCUGGCUAGCCGCCGUAAGUUAACGUUAGCUCGUCGGACAAAGCCAGAAACGACUAAACGCGAUUCUCUGGCCGGAUAGCUUAACCGACGGAUCACCACGGACGCCGUCCGUCUGGAGUUUUGCCAAGUUUCGGUUAUUUUUUCCGCUAAGAGGCUUCCGUUAACGCUCCCGUCAAAUCGAUAGAUCACCUGCAUCGAGUCGCUUGAAGUGUCGCGCGCUGCUUCCGUUCGGGAAAUCUAAUGAUCUCGAAGCAGGAGUGAUUCUCGAAGCCGUCUCGAGAUGCGGCCUGCGUUUGAUUGACAGCCAUGGGAGGCUGCGUGGGGCGCGAGCGCGCGGAGUCACGUGGACACGGCUCGAGGAAGCGCGGAGGUCGUAACGAGCCGCUGAAGAAAGACAAGCCCAAGUGGAAGAGCGACUACCCCAUGACGGAGGGCCAGCUCCGCAGCAAGAGAGACGAGUUCUGGGACACGGCUCCGGCGUUCGAGGGCCGGAAGGAGAUCUGGGACGCCCUGAAGGCCGCUGCCGUGGCUCUGGAGUGUAACGAUCAUGAACUAGCUCAGGCCAUCGUGGACGGAGCCAGCAUCACGUUACCACACGGAUCCCUGACCGAGUGUUACGACGAACUCGGCAACCGUUACCAGCUACCGGUUUACUGCCUGGCCCCGCCCGUCAAUCUGAUCAGCGAAAGAAGCGAAGAAGACCUGUCCGACAACCCCGAGCCCCCGACCACACAGAAGAAAGAGUUCCAGCUGAAAGUACGGCUCUCCACCGGCAAAGACGUGCGUCUGAACGCCAGCAUGACCGACACCAUCGGUCUGCUCAAAAAACAGCUGCAAGCUCAGGAGGACAUCGAGCUGGCCCACCAGCGCUGGUUCUUCUCUGGGAAGCUCCUCACAGACAAGACCCGUCUGCAAGACACCAAGAUCCAGAAGGACUUUGUUAUCCAGGUCAUCGUGAACCAGCAGCCCGCACCGAACCACUAGACGGACUACGAAGGGAUAAAGGACCAAACCACAGCAGCUGAGAGAACGUCAAACCAAAACACGUUUUGCACAAACAUGACCAUCGAGCGAUUCACAGCGAGCGACGGGCCGGACAUCUGGAGAAACCAACCAACCAAACGCAGCAGAAGUGCCAACGUGAAUUUGGUAGCAAAAGCACACCGACUAUGCACACCCUGCAAAACGGUCCUGAAAGCGAUCUCUCCCGUUUUAAAGAUAAUCGAACUUGAGCUUCAUUUUGCACACUUGGGUCUCUUUAGAAUAGUUGUGCCUUGAAAGCAGAGUAAAUGCUGGUUUUAUUUUUCGCUCGCGGGGCACGUUCGGCCACUUUCGCGCGCUUUGCAUUUUAGGACUGACGUCUUCGAGCACAACUGUACUUUCUAUGCAAUCCUGAAACCGGAAAAAAGACGCCGAUGUAGCUAAUCUACAACCUGGACUCGUUCGCUGACGGAGACGCAGUGCGCAGAGACGAUACUUCCGCCAUCUUGUAGAUGAAACCGUAUUGCUGCCUCCUAAAAAGGAAGUUUGGACACUAUCAGACUUCUUCUUCUUCUUCGUCUUCUUUUAUAGUGAUGUUAUGCUGUAAGGCUGCGAUCAGUCGAUUAUUGCUACUAUUUUGAGAGAUUAUAUUCUGUACUAUUCCGAUCUUUACCCUGCUUUUUGUAAUCACUUAGACUUUUUAAUAAUUCUUAAACCUUUAUCAGUGGCAUUAUGAGGCUGUUAUAUUUUGAGAAUGCAUUGCAACAUACGCGUCACAUCUGUAUCUGUAUCAAGCCUGCGACGUUUGGUCCUCAAUGUCUGUUCAUUUAAAUGUCGUUUCUUUUACUAAAGGCUUUCUGCUCUUGAUUAUAUCAUUGUGUGACUCUCAGCGCGCACCGCACCGGUUAGUAACAGCUCAUUACCUCAACGGCAACUGUUCCUCAUUAGCUCGAGUCUCCCGUUUCGUAUCAUGCCGUUCCUUCGGGUUGCUUCUUUCCUCCGUUGAGUUUAAAUCGUAUUUUAAAAUAUGUGACGAUUGAAAUCCCAUUCAUUUAUCAUUGCAUCAUUCAAGGAAUAUUCCAGGUUAAAUGCAACUCGAGCUCCUCCGAAUCCUCUAUUGUACGGCGAACGAGUUGCAAUGGAAGAUGGACUCAAGGGAUGUUUCUGUGAUCGUUCAUUCACCCUCAUCCUCCCCUGUGAAAUCUGAAAAUGUCUCGCGUUUGUCAUUCGCACAAAAAGUCAAAAGCAUAAGGCAUUAUGAGAUGAAGGCAAAUCGGUAUUUCGCAACUGAGAUUUCGCCUUUUCGUAGUGCUUCGUCUUAUCUCGCACUUUUGGCUUCAUUUCAAAAUGUUGUCACUUUUAUUUCCUUAAAAAAAAGCUAGGGUUGAUUUGAACCGUUUCGUGUAGAAAGAUUUCUGUAUCUCGCGUGCUUUGCAGAAGAUGGUUAGGGCGAGUGAAUAAGGACCGUCUUCAUUUCUGGAACAUUCCCAGUCCUGGAAGGACCCACAGACAUCAUUCACUCGUUUGUGCGCGCCGUCGAACGAUACGCGGUAACAUCGUGUACUCCUCAAAUCCUGCAUUCUUUGCUGCCUUUCCCAGGUUGGGAGCGCUGUGACCUCCGGCGCUCUCCAUAAACCUGUCCUCAGUCAGCACAAUAUGAAACCCUGCUAACGAUCGAGCCAAAGCCUGGAUGGUUACUCCUCGUUUGGUCUUUUCUGACAUGCUACGCUUCUGUUAGUAAUAUUAAGACGUCAGAAGAUAUUUAAAAGGGUUAGAGUGACGAUACAGGUAUGGUUCUGUGUACCGCGUGCUGAUUGUGGUUCUAAUGGUUUGAGAACUGCGACAGCGAAGAGAAACCUUGCUGAUGUUGUUUUUGCUGUCGUUUCUAAGUGCAUGAUUCGAUACGAUUCUUCUGUAUUCGAUGUUUUCUUUGUAUGGUUUGUUAUCUCUGAAUGUACGUCUGAUAUGUUUGAUGUGGAUUUAGGUGUGUCUCGUGACGUGAAGUUUCCAGAUUCGACAGGAAGCUGCUAGGAAGCCAUACAUGUGGAUCUUUUUUGCCCCCAAUGCGUUGGGAAAAUUUCAGGAGACUCGCUUUGGACAUUUUGCUUUCAAGUCCCAGAAUAUAAGAAGCCAUUACUCUUGUGUGUGUGUGUGGAAGCUCGUUUCUGCCACAUGAGAAAAUAAUCAUGUUUUACUGAAUCAUGAUCACGAGGGAGUGUCAAAAUUGAGAUUAUGAGGUAAAAAAAACAUUCGAUAAGUGAUUACGACAAAGUUUAUAUUAUACUUUGGUAACUUAAUGUAGUUUUGUCCUGGGUUGAAUUGUUGUAAUUAUGACUUUUAUUAUUGUUUUGAUCUCAUAAUUGUGCAUUUUGACUCUGUCAUAGUCAUUAUGACAACUGUCUUAUUCAGUUUCUGUCUCAUAAUUGAUGAAUUUCAUCAUUUUGACAAUUUUAAUGUUUUUCUUCAAAAUAUCAACAUUUUGAGUUUAUAUCUCAUAAUUAUGCCUAAUCUUCUCAUUAGGAUUUACCAAAUUGUGAUUAUUUUUAUGUUUUCCCCAUGCGUGCGGAAAUAUCCCACCCACAAAACACGUGACCUUUUCAUAAACCCUUAGAAGAAAAGAAAGUUUCUUCAUAGACGAAUAUCUGUAUAGUAAGAGAGAAAGUGUGUGAAAUUCUUUCCUACAUUUGCUUACAGCCUAUUUUACAAAAGUUGUGUACAUUUACAAGGUAAUUUGUUUUUCAGAUGUUUUAAAUGUCAAUUAAAAUUAACAGCUGGGAAAGCAAACAGA